UCAAUUCUGUGAAACAUUUGUCACUAAGGACAUCUACUCCUAUUACAACAAUCUCGUCUCUAAAACGGGUGCGCUAGGUGUAUUAUCGGUUAUUCCGCUAUUGCUUAUAUAUGCGACCUGUGAUCGCUACGCUAGAAGGCGUCAACGAGAGCGAGUUGAAAAACACCUUGUGGGUACCGGGUUGUUUACGCAUCCAAGUAAGACAGUGGACCCACAAGCAAUCGAAACACUAUUGUACAGCGACGAUGAAUAA